CUCACGGUGGUCUCCGUUGGAGUGUUGCUUCUCCUCUAAUGGCGACCUUGAGAAAGCCAUUACUCUUCUUCUUACUACUUUUACCCCUAAUUUCCACCCAAAUUACAUCUCAACCAUCACCGGAAACCGUCGAAGCUUACCUAUCGGGUCCCGGUGAUGCUGCUCUCAAGCAUGAACUCGACUUCCUUAAGUCCAAGAUUUUGGUCUUAGAAUCAACUAUUGAUGGAAGAAUCCAUGAACUGAGAAACAAGGAUGAGAGUAUUAGGGAAUUGGAAAUGACAAUUCAAGAGAAAUCAGACAGCUUGCAAUCUUUAGAGGAUGAGAUAGAAUAUUUACAGCGAAAAGCGUCACUAGAUUCUAUGGAGCAGACGAGUACCUCACCUGCAAGGGCUAUUGAACUUGAAAAGCUGGUUGACGACCUUAGGAAGGAAAUCAAAGUGCAAAAUAAGAAAAAAGAUGCACUAGAUGCUCGAAUAAAUGUAGCUGAGCAUAAGAUCCAAGAACUAAAUCAGAAAUUAGAAGAUAUCCAAAGGAUUAACAGUGAGCAAAAAUCUAUAAUUCAUAAGGCUGAAAGUGCACUUCAACUAGCACAGGAAGAAAUUAUGAAAGCAAAAUUAAGGGCGGCUUCAGCUUCUAAUGAACUAAGAGAAGUCCAUGGGAAGUGGCUUCCACAUUGGUUAGCUGUUCAUAUAUAUCAAUUGCAGUCCUGUGUUGCGUCUCAUUGGAAUGAACAUGGGAAACCUUCUUUAGACAUCACAAUAAAAAAGGCCUUGGAAAAGAAAGAUCAACUUAAAAGUUGGGCAGAAGCACAGAUUAGAACUGUUAAUACGCAUUUGAUCCCAAUGAUGAAAGACGAGUGGUCAAAAUUUGUAAACAACCGUGAACCUCAUCUUCAGUUUCUUCUUUCUAAAACAAUUGAUGUCUAUGAUGCAUCCAAGACCUUUUUGAUGCCGCAUUUGGUCAAAGCACGCACAUUAAAAGAUCAUUACAUUCAGGAGGUGAAGAAGUUUUCUGAGCCAUACGUCAAUCAUGUUGUGAUGGUGACAAAACCUCAUUAUGAAACAAUGCAAGUUGCUUUGAAGCCCUACACUAAAAAGACCAUCCGCACCUACAGGAGACUGAUAAAAUCUGCUAGCAUAUAUACCAUCAUCAGAUCCAAAAAAGUCUGAAGAGCCAUGAGUUAACAAGAUCACUGGCAAGUAUUGAACUAGCAUGGUUUUUGGCGACUGCUGUAUUGUCCCUACCCAUCUUAGUUCUCCUUAAGCUCUUUUCACUUAUCUUCAGUGGAAAGGCAAAAAGGCACCAUGCUAAUCAUUCAAGGAGAAGGGUCAAGCGACGUCAUCCUGAGCAAUAAAAUCAGUAAAGGUGCAGUAUUCCUACAAGUUUGGUUUCCCCAAUAUAUAUAGAAACAAAUACAGCUGCGGGCACAUUUACGGAAAGUCGAUAACGGUUUCUUGGUAUUGUCAAAGUCAGGUUUUUCUGGUUCGGGUUUUAAUCAAUCUAGACCGGAAGAUCGUAACUAACUCUCUUACUCAGGUAUUUCAGCCAUGGAAUGAGAUUUUGUUUGAAGUAGAAAUAAGUAGCAGUUUAUCAGAUUAAAUGACUUGUAAGCAUAUAG